AUGACGAACCAUCACGAUGUCUUCAAGGCCCUCGCGCCCAUUGAAUGGGAGAGCAUCAAUCAGGACGAUCUCAAGACCUUUUUGACCGACAUCUUUGUCGAGGCGCAAUGUUUAAUCGACUCCAUUCCCGUAUCUACAAGCCUUCCUUCGGCGACAUUGUCGUCCAAGUCGACAGGAGGACGCCCGCGCUCUAGCACCGACCCGGCCGGCCCCAAGUUACCCGCGAGGGCGCCGAUGACCUCGGAGCGGGCCGAGCACCUGCGCAAGGAAUGGAAAGAGGUCCAAGUCAACCCGCGCGAGAACCCACUCGGCGUCGACGUGUAUAAGCUGUCGGCCAAGGACAAGAAGGGUGCCUGGUUUGCUCGCCGCAGCUUACACGAAGGUCUACCUUUUGACCAGUGGAAGCUGGGAAUGCAGGCCGAGUUUGCUGAGAGCUUAAAGGUGCAAGGAGGACCUGGCGAGGGCAAGAUUCGUGGCAUUGGCGCCGAUAAGAAGGUUGUCGAUAUCACGGUAGACGGGUGUGGGAAAAUGGAAGUUUAUCAACUCUCAGCCCAAUUCCCCGGACCAACAACGCCUAGAGAUUUCGUAACUCUGCUUCUGAGCUCCGACUCUGCCAUCGAACCCCCUGUACAGCAAGGUCUAGCCAAACCCCGUUACUACAUGUUGGUGUCCAAGCCUUGCAUACACCCCGAAUGUGCGCCCAGAAGUGGGUAUAUACGCGGUCAAUACGAAUCGGUGGAAUUUAUUCGAGAAAUCAAGGUCGAAAAGCCAUUGAGAAAGGUGCGGUCGUCCAUUGAUCUGAGCCACGAGGAACAGUCGGAAGCGAGGAAAGAAGCUAUAGAAAAGUCAAACAAGGAGGCCCUCGCGCGCUCAGCUCGCAAUGCCGCCAUGGCCAGCUCGGUUUCCGAUACCGAGAACACAGAAGGACGUAAGCGAGGCAAGACUAUUGCUUUUGCCGGGACCGAGGCAGAGGAUGAUGAUGAGGAGAAUGUGGAAACAUUGGUGGAGUGGCUCAUGGUCACGAGAAGCGACCCUGGUGGCAGUGUGCCGAGAUUCAUGGUUGAGAAAGGCACGCCUGCCGGUAUAGCGGGCGACGCGGAGAAGUUUAUGAAAUGGGUUCAGACACGAAAGUCUGAAGGCUCCAAGAAGGCUGUUUUGGGAGAAGACGCCACUGAAGAAGACACACCGACAUCCGAACCGCAACAAAAAGCAACGCCUGGUGUGACUUCCAACCUUGUUUCCAAAGCCUCAAAUGACCCGACCGCAAAGCCAGGACUGGUGAAACCGGACGAAAUUGACGAGGAUGAGGAGGAGGGUCCCAGGCCGGGUGGCUUUUACGGUAUGAUCGCCGAGGCACUUGGGGCUGUCGCUGCUCGCCUGCCCAAUCCUUUGGGGUCUGCAAAAGGCGGUGACACCGAGUCCGACCUGUCUGAUGCGGACACAAUAGAGGACGACACAUCCUCAAUACAGAGCUUCCACAGCGUCGAGUCGGAUGUGGAGGCAGAUAGCAAGCUUGCCAAGACCGACAGCAACGAUGCCCUUUCACCAGUUGUCUCGAUUGGCCGAGACGGCGAGGCUCAAUCAACUCAUUCCUCCGAAUCAGUGACUGGAAAGUCUAAUGGGCCAUCACAUCACGAGAAGGAGCUCAGGAAGCUUGAAGAAAAGAAGCGCAAGGCCGACGAAAAGAUUACUCGAGCUAGAGAACGGGCACUUUCCAAGAAGGACAAUGACGCACAGCGUGACGAGGCGGCAAUCGCCAAACUUAAGGAGAAGCACGAUCGCGAGAUCCAGAAGCAAGAAGAGAGGUACAAGCGCGAACUCAAGAGAUUAGAGGAAAAGCGCGCCAAUGAACAGCGCAAGGCCGAAGAGAGACGCAAGAAACAAAUCGAAAAGGAGACUCGGCAGAACCUAGCCAUGGAACUCGAAAAGGUCAAGGCUGAGAGGGACGUGGCACUGAAGCAGAUUGAAGUGCUCACGGAACAAAUCGGCGAGCUCCAGGGACAAAACACGCUCUUGGUAGCAAAGUUAGGAAAGAAGAGUUCCCCAGAGCUGCUCGAUACUCUCAGGAGAACGGAUAGUUUCAAGACCGUGAAAAAGACGGACGACUAG